CUUUUUAUUACAUUCAUGAUGAAAUUUCAAGGGUAACCAAAAACCAAAACCAUUAAAAUUUGUGCUUUAUGGUUUUUUAAAUAUAUGCGGUUAUAGAUUUUGUUAUUUUGAAGGAAUAUUUUGUUGUUAUAAUUUGUUAUGUUUAUUUGUAAUUGUCAAAUUCUGUAAACAGGAAAUUAUAUAUCGAAAUUACUAGCGGUUUCAAUUUCAUAUUUGUCAACAUUAUAGUCUGUUUAAAAUGGCAAAUGCUACUACACAGAAUAUUAUACAAAAUGCAACCCAAGACAUAAAAUUUUUGGAUAAUGAUGUUAGUGAAUAUGGAACUGAAAUAUUGGGAAAAGUUGUAAAUGUUCAGUGCGGUCAUGGAAAUCACUGUUUAGGAAGUUCUAAAGUUCAGCUUUGCGAUCGUGUUAAUUAUAACUGGGAAUUCAAGUAUUACCAUGGCCAUCUCAUUGCUGCUCAUUUUAGUAGGAAUAUUAUUGCAUUUACAAUGAAAAGUAUUUUAGAUAAAGAAGGUAGUAUGGUAAGAGUUGCAGAUCAGUACAAUCCUGAAAAAAAGACCCUUAUUAAAAACUUAAAAGGGGAUGUAAAAGAUCUGGCCUUUGCUUAUUCAAGCUUAGUAAUAAUUUUAGGUUGUAUUGAUUCGGAAGGCAAUAUUUUAAUUUACAGUAUUCAGGAAACUCUUGAAAGCAUAGCAUGUGUUUUAUUGUGUCAUAUUUUUCAUCAAGAAUCACCAGGAUCUGAUAAUUAUCGGUUAAUUUGGUGUCCGUUUGUACCCAGUUAUGAAGAGGAUGAAGAAUCGGAUAUUGGUGAUGAGCCAGACAAAAUGUUCGUGGUUUUAAAUGGGAAAAGAGCUGAGAUUUAUAAUGUAGGCGUUUUAAGCAAAAAAUACGGCAGCGAAUUUUCAAUCGAUCCGGAUGAAACAUACGAGGGUUACAUUGAAAUAAAUCACACUUCUGAUAUUAAUAAUGCCUCGUUUUCACUAGACGGAACAGCUGUCGCUAUAGCUUGCCAGGAUGGAUUUGUGAAGUUUUUCCAGCUGUACAUGUUGGAUCAGCCAAAACAAAAGUGCCUACACGAAUGGAAACCUCACAAUGGAAAACCAUUAUCUUCUAUUCUGUUUGUAGAUAAUGUUUUAGAAUUCAGCCCAGAAUGUUGGAAAUUUACUAUUACAACGGCCGAAAACAACUCAGAAAUAAAACUCUGGUCGUGCGAGUCUUGGCAAUGCCUACAAACGAUCAAUUUCUAUCCGAACGUGCAAAGUAAAGUGCCAGAGUUGUUUCUCAACAUUGCCAUCGAUUACCGGGGACAAUUUGUCGUGGUUUCCGAUAUUAAUAAUAAAGGAAUCUAUGUUAUGCGGUUAAAGAAAAAUGAGGCUGGAAAUCAAAUCGGAAUUACACAGCUGUAUCAUCUGCUUUUACCGGCGCCAUUUUUAAGUUUUCACAUUCUCGACGCUGACAUAAGGAGAGUGCCCUAUUCGUACGAUAAUUCGGACGCUGAAGAAUCUUACGAGGAAGAUAUGAUAUGUUUGGACGAUUUAAAUGACGUAGCAGCGGAGAUGCUCAAUCUGAAAAUGCUGAUUAUUCAACCCAAGAGGUUUCAAGAAUGUUUUAUCAAGUUUCAAGUUGAUGAUUUAUUGACGAAGAGUGACACAGAGAAAGGAUUAACACAAUUAGCUGAUUUAAAGGUUGAAGAAAAUAAUGAGGAGGAAGAGGAGGUAAUUCAAGAAAUUCCGCAACUAAAUGACUUGCAAAACUCGGUAAACCUUCUAAUUCAACAGACUCAGUUAGAAAAUAGUAAUCCGAAAUUAACCCUUAUGACUCCUGACGAUUUUACUACUUCAGGAAAAAACUCGAAAUCGAGCAGUAUCCGCAAUUCCAUGACAAACGAAAAUAUUUCGGAAGAACCUGACAAUAAGCUAAAUGAAAACAAUGUGAAGGAUUUUGAAAAACCUCAAAAAGAGAACUUUGCUAGUGCUGGUUCAAGCCCCAGUAGAGAGGUACAGGAAAUUCUUUCUUUAACUAAUUCUUCUACAGGUUAUCCAACUCAAGAAUAUUUCAACAAUCUGGCCAACUUGGAAGUCGAUGGUGAACAGGAACAGCCACAAAAAGAUUAUUCGGCUGAAACCGACAACGGUAUAAUUUAUCAGGAUUCGUUGAGCUGGCCCAAAAUUCCCCUAGUAAAGCAAAACGACGCUAUAAAACAAGUAACUGGUACUAACGAACUAAAUCACCAGGAUUUGGAGACGGUCUACAUGAGAAUAAAUUCUUUAGAGCUAAUGCUUACGGAGCAAAAAGUUCUUUUACAACAACUUCAUCAAGAUAUUAAAGCGACAAAUCAGAAGAUUGGUGGUGCGACAACUAGCGUGGACAGAACAGAAUUUGUUCACGAAUUGGAUGCUGCAAUGUCAAAACAGCACUUGCAAAUAGCACAAUUGUUGGAAAAUUUAGUUCAGUUACAGAAGGCAAAAGACAGAGAAAUGCAGGAGAACAUCUUAUCUGCAGUGAAUCAAAUGCUGACGAAAUCGAUUUCUGAUAAGCUGCAGCAUACUUUGCAACAUGAAAUUAAACAUUCAGUAUUGCCAACUGUGCAUCAGUUAGUUGAAUCAUAUAGACAUCAAAUUGAUACACAAUACAACAAUAAGUUUACAAAUAUCGAUACAAUGGUUCGAGAAAAUUUUGCCAAAGUUAUUAGCAGUAAGUCUUUAACCGAAUCGAUAAGCGUCUCUGUGGUAAGCCUUAUCGCACCGACUUUGGACAAAUGCUACCGCGACAUUAUAGCCCAAUCUCUGCUGCCAUCCUGGGAACGAGUGUGUGGUCAAAUGUUUCAACAGAUCAAUGAAACAUUCACCAAAGGUACCAAGGAAUAUACCGCAUCUGUAGAAACUUAUAUGGAAAGGCAGAGAAAAGUUCAAGAGAAGGGUAAAGAUCUCAUCACACAGAUGCAAAGUGUAUCUGAUAAUAUGAAAGGAAAUGCCGAUAAACUGUCAGAAAUAGUGAGCUCAGAAAUUCAGAAGCAGUUUGGUUUAGUUUUUAAAAACGUCCAAGACAAACUAACGAACACCUUAAAAGAAACUGUCACGUUAGAAAUUAAACAGGGUUUCAAAAGCCAGGCGGCAGCUUUGGAAGAAGGAGUUAUCAAUGCCGUAAGAUCUAGAGCAGUAACGCCAGCUCCGCAUGCCGAUUCUCAUCUGUUAACUAUGACUCACAUCCAACAAGCUCUAACAAAAAGAAACUAUGAUGAAGCUUUCCAACUGGCACUAUCAGCUGAAAAUUUGAACUAUGUGAUUUUCGUUUGUGAACGAGUAGAUGUCAAUCAAGUAUUCAACGAAAGAUGUUUACUGUCACAGAGCGUUCUUUUAGCACUGAUACAACAACUUAGCAUGGAAAUACACAAAAAUACGGAAACUAAAUUAUGUUUCAUCAGGGCAGCCUUCUUAGCUCUGUCUCCCGAUUUUGCUCAGACCAAGCAUUUUGUCCCGAAUGUUCUAAAGGAUUUAUUGAAGCAACUGACCGCAUUUAUGCAGACUAACCCGCCUUUGAAGCAAAUGACGGAAACCAGAUUGUUGAAGAUGGCUGUGGAGAACAUGCUGAGCAAAUAAAUAACAAUUAAGAAGUUUGGAAGAGGCAGAAGCUAUGAAAGAUUUGUGGGUGUAUUUUUGAAAUCCUGUUGAUCUGCAGUUUAAGGAUCUCUGUAGGCCGAUAUUGUUUAAGAAAAAUAUGAACAGACCUCUGUGGUACAGAGUUGGUUGGAUUUUAUUUGCUCAGUACUUUUUAUUUUUGUACCAACUUAGCAUUACAUUUAUUUUGUAAAUAAUUAAGUUUUAAACGUUACGAGAUUUAGGAGUCUCUAAAAAGUUUUUGUUAUUAAUAGUGUUAUUGUAAAAUCAAAUUUAGUUUCUAGAAACGCGAUUUAUUUGGUUAUUCAUGUUAUAAAAAAUGAUUUAUAACUCUUUUUUUAU